UCGGCACAUUGGACACGCUCACCGCUUCCGCAAAUGGAAUCUCGGCACUGGUCUCCUCGCUCUUCCAACGGUCACCAUUACCCCUAACCCUGCUCUUCCUCCCACUUCCAGUCUUCCACUCCACCACGUCCCCUCUUCCUCUCGCUUGCGUUAACUCAUCCCUCCCUCUGACCCCCAAACCCAGCCUCUUGAAACCCUAGCCACGGGAGGGAAGCCGAGAGUGACGAAGAACGCUGGAAUCGAUGGCGAACGCGAAUGGACCGAUGGGAGCGGAAGGGCGAACGGUCCCGCGGGCGACGAACCCGAUGGUGACCCCUCUCCUCACGGAUCUCUACCAGUUCACCAUGGCCUACGCCUACUGGAAGGCCGGCAAGCAUCUCGAUCGAGCCGUGUUUGAUUUGUUCUUCCGAAAAAACCCAUUUGGUGGUGAAUACACAGUCUUUGGUGGUCUUGAGGAAUGCAUAAGACUUAUUGCUAAUUUUAAAUUAAAGGAAGAGGAGAUCUCCUUCUUGCGCUCAAUCAUGCCUACAUGUGAGGAUGGUUUCUUUGACUAUCUCAGGGCAAUUGACUGCUCAGAUGUUGAGGUUUAUGCUAUUCCUGAGGGUUCUGUUGUGUUUCCUAAGAUACCCUUAAUGAGAAUUGAAGGACCAGUUGCUGUGGUACAGUUGCUUGAAACUCCAUUUGUAAAUCUUGUCAAUUAUGCCUCAUUAGUUACUACAAAUGCUGCAAGACACCGAUUUGUUGCGGGAAAGUCAAAAACUUUGCUUGAAUUUGGGCUUCGACGGGCACAAGGGCCCGAUGGAGGAAUAAGUGCUUCAAGAUACUGCUACAUGGGAGGUUUUGAUGCAACAAGCAAUGUUGCAGCUGGAAGGCUGUUUGGCAUACCACUUCGCGGAACUCAUUCACAUGCCUUUGUUAGCUCCUACAUGGGUCCUGAUGAGAUUGUCGACAAAGCACUCCAGAGCCAUGAUGGCUCAAGCACAUGUGAAGAUUUUGUUAGUCUGGUGCAAAACUGGCUCGGCAAAAUUCAGCGGGCAGAUUCAUUGCGUGGUGUUUUCAGUGAGACGAAUCAAAGUGAGCUGGCGGCAUUCACAUCAUAUGCAUUGGCUUUUCCAAAUAAUUUCCUCACCCUUGUAGACACCUACGAUGUUACGAGGAGUGGAGUGCCUAACUUUUGUGCAGUAGCUUUAGCACUUAAUGAUUUGGGGUAUAAAGCGGUCGGAAUCAGGUUGGACUCUGGUGAUCUAGCAUAUUUGUCCAUUGAGGCUCGAAAAUUUUUUCAAGCAAUUGAAAAGGAAUUUAGUGUACCUGGUUUUGGGAAAAUGAAUAUCACAGCUAGCAAUGACCUCAAUGAGGAAACUAUCGAUGCCUUGAACAAGCAGGGACAUGAGGUAGAUGCCUUUGGAAUCGGCACCUAUCUUGUCACAUGUUAUGCUCAAGCAGCUCUUGGUUGUGUAUUCAAACUAGUUGAGAUAAAUAAUCAGCCCCGUAUCAAACUAUCUGAAGAUGUUACAAAGGUCUCCAUACCAUGCAAAAAACAAUGUUAUAGACUGUAUGGAAGAGAAGGCUACCCAUUGGUGGAUAUAAUGACUGGGGAAAAUGAACCGCCUCCAAAGGUAGGAGAGAGAAUUUUGUGUCGUCAUCCAUUCAAUGAAUCUAAGAGAGCAUAUGUUGUACCACAGCAUGUAGAGGAACUAUUGAAGUGUUAUUGGCCCGGAUAUUCAG